CCUUCCCAGUUGAUAAGACAGGAGAAACGGUUAAAAAGCCGGAGGUUUGCCUUCUGGUCAGAGGAAACAACGGGAGCUCAUUCUGGUGUGAACAAAGAUCACAGACUUGCCAACAUGGUUAAGCCUGGCCUGACCUUCAGUCUGGUGACUGUUAUCUUGCUUGCGGCUGGUGGCGUCACGUUUUCUGCUGAGAUUCCUCAACCACAAGUUGCUCAAGAAGAAAGUAUCAACAGCCAGAGGAACGACCCCCCUCCCCCUGGUGCUGCUCACUUCCAGGACUGUUCACAUCUUUUCCCUCUACUCUACUGGACCAACGCAGUGCAGGACGGAGUCUUCCCCAUCAAACCCGAGUCUUCCACCGACCACUUUGACGUCUACUGUGACAUGACUACAGAUGGUGGGGGCUGGACUGUCAUACAGAGGAGGGUCAACGGGACUCUUAACUUUGACAGGCGUUGGGCAGACUACAAGAACGGGUUUGGGAGGGUCGAGGGGGAACACUGGCUUGGACUAGAUAAAAUUUACAACCUGACAUCCCAGAAUAGCUAUGAGUUGUAUGUGGAGUUACAGGAUUGGGAAGGGAACUUUACUCAUGCUAAAUAUGGUACAUUCAGCAUUGGGGAUGAGAGUACAGAUUAUACACUGAACAUUGGGGGGUACAGUGGGGAUGCUGGAGACUCUAUUAGUUACCAUAACGGUAUGAAAUUCAGUGCUAGAGAUGUGGACAACGAUGGGUGGAGUGGUGUUCACUGUGCUCGGUGGUUUUCAGGUGGCUGGUGGUAUAAAAGUUGUACUAACUCUGCCCUGAAUGGUCCCUACUACCAGCCAGAGGACUAUCAUGGUUCUGCCACAGGGUAUGGUGUUUACUGGCAUCACUGGAAAGGUACCUGGUACUCACUGAAGGCCACCAAAAUGAUGGUGCGACCUCAAAACUUUAUCCGCAAACUGUAACUCAAGUGCAGAUUCUUCUUAUAAUCAAACACAAUGUUGUCACAAAACAUUUAUUGAGUCGUGUGCAUAAGACCUGAUUAUCAUAGACAUUUAACCAAUAUCUGAUAUCAUACGAAUUACACUAACUAGUAGUUACAGCACAAUCAUUAUACUAUAACUUUUAAACUGCUAUAGACCUAGAGAUGUAACUGUGUUUGGACAUAUUCAGGUGGAUGGAGGUGAUACACGAUUAUGUGAUAAACAGUAUGUUUCCCUGUGCUCAGUAUAUCCUAUAUGUAAAUGGUCCCUACUGCAAGUUAGAGGACUGUAUUCAUGAUUACACAUGUUACACAAAGUGUAAUACAUGUACUGUUGUACCUGGUAACACUAGAAUGAAUUUCUCACUUACUUACAGGAUUAUGGCCUUUGUAGUGGUACAAACUAAGGUGAUGUCCUUUCAACUUUAGCUGAAAUUACCUGAUUAAAACCACCAGAACUUAGUCUUGCAAGUUUAUCAUCCUAACAAAUAGCAGUGCUUAAUAUUCAUUGUAAUAUAUUAAUUUGUUGCUUUUA